AAGGUUGGGGUGUGGGCGGUGAGGCGAGCGGGGUGGGCCCGACCCCACCCCUCGAGGGCCUGCCCGCCCCUGCGGAGGACCUUCCCUCGGGCUGGGGCCGGACCCCGCCGCCUACCCCGCCGCCUGGUUGUCCGCGGCGGCCCGCGCGACCGCCGGAGCUGACCGCGGUUGUCUCCUCCGCAGGGCCGCGGCGAGAGGGUGAGAGUCCGCGCGUUCCGAGGGAGCCGUCCCCGCCUUGGCCCGCGCCCCGCGGGGCCCCGCCACACCCGAGGGGAUGGAGAGCGGUCCCCGAGGCCCCAGCGCUGCCCGCGAUCCCACGCUGGCCGGCUCUCGCUAGCUGCUCGAAUUGUGUGUUUUCCCACAACCUAGGCCUUGUCUCCUGAGUCAGUGGCGUUGCGGUUCGAAAGAAAUGGAAGAAAAGGAGCGAUGUGAACAAUUCUGCUCGGUCCUCCUGCAUUGAGGCCUGGUUGGCAUUUGCAGAGAGGAAAAUACGGGAAGAAAAUCGUGGGGGGUUUUUUUGGCGGGGAGAGUGGGAGAAAGGAAACAAGGUCUUAGAUUUUCUAUUUUUUUAAAAUUCUGCACUUUGACAGUGGUGGCGAAAUACACUAAUCCAAGUGAUCUUUCUAUUGAUGGAAGUGGAUUUUUUUUUCCCUUUUGAUUCCAACCUUUCUCCCCGUGACAAAGCAUAAAUCAUGGACACCAAAAAAUAAGGUGGACCUCAGGAAUCCCGAAAGGACUGAGCAGCUUACAUUCUUCCUCUGGAGGGAAGGGUGGUGUGUUUUUAGCCAUCUCUGGAACCUAAAACGAAAACAUGAGUUGCGUGCCAUGGAAAGGAGACAAGGCCAAAUCUGAAUCUUUGGAGCUGCCCCAGGCAGCACCCCCACAAAUCUACCAUGAGAAACAGCGCAGGGAGCUUUGUGCCCUGCAUGCCCUCAAUAACGUCUUCCAGGACAGCAAUGCCUUCACCCGGGAAACGCUGCAAGAGAUUUUCCAGAGGUUGUCUCCAAACACCAUGGUGACCCCCCACAAGAAGAGCAUGCUAGGAAAUGGGAACUACGAUGUGAACGUCAUAAUGGCAGCACUUCAAACCAAAGGCUAUGAAGCUGUCUGGUGGGACAAGCGCAGGGAUGUCAGUGCCAUUGCUCUCACUAAUGUCAUGGGCUUCAUCAUGAAUCUGCCCUCCAGCCUGUGCUGGGGUCCACUGAAGUUGCCUCUCAAAAGGCAGCACUGGAUCUGUGUUCGAGAGGUGGGAGGUGCCUACUACAACCUCGACUCCAAACUGAAGAUGCCCGAGUGGAUUGGAGGCGAGAGCGAGCUCAGGAAAUUUCUCAAGCAUCACUUGCGAGGAAAGAACUGUGAACUCCUGCUGGUGGUGCCAGAAGAGGUGGAGGCCCGUCAGAGCUGGAGGGCUGAUGUGUAAUGCAGUUCUGCCCAACCUUCCCUCACCUCAGCCCCCCAAGUCCUCUGUCAUGUGCUGUGGCCUAUACAGUGGGUCUGCCCUUGCCACUUCCCCAAACAUCUCAUUGGGUUUCCCCCUCAGAUUUGACAGUGCAAUAGGACAGAUGUGUGGACUGUUACAAGAACCAGCCACCCAGCAUUACUCAUUCCUGGGACAGGAAGAUAGGAGCUCUGUGUGCUUAGGGCAAGCUAUGAAGACCCUCGUUUUAUUUAAGAGAGGAGGAAGGAAGGUGGGUCCUGGUUUAUUUUCCUCAUUCCUACGAGAACUUGACAGAGGCUCUGCUGGAGUACACUGCUGCUGUGAUUCACCUGGAGAUGCUGCCUCCACUUCCCCUUUCCUGGCUACCAGUGGGUCUGAAGACCGAGUACAUGCAAAGCCCAUGUAACUGGCUUGACGGACCCAGAACAUAUGGGCCUCUCAGGAAACCAUCUCCAAAACCCCAGCAGUGGUACAGUAUGCCAUCUCCAACCCUCAACGCCACCCAUUACCCAUUACCCAUUUUUAUGGUCAUCCUUGGAGUUUUCUAAUGAAAAGUUCUCUAGUAUUCCAUGCUGGGUGGUUGAAUCCUGCAAUAUCCUAGUGAAACAGGGUGAGCUAGAUACCUAAGAGGACUUGACGGCAGCCAGACUGGGGCAGGCAUGGAUGGCCUGUUGGCCCCACUCCAGCAUUGUCCCUACCACUUCACUACAUGGAUUUAGGAGGCUCUGGGGCAAAGGUCAGUCUUCCCAGCUGACACACUCCGGCAAAAUCAGGAAACAAGUCUGCUUUCAAUGUCUAAUUCCACUAGUUUGAGACACAGUUGGGUGAGGAAAGUAUCGUGAAGAUAAGCUUCUCAGAGAUUAACAGCAGCUAGAAUUGGUACAUGUCCUAGGCUCAGAGUCACUAUAGUGACAACAAUCAGAAUCCUCAAGUUGGGUAUUAACUUGCAUUGCUAUAGGACCUGGAUUUGUCAUCUUUUAGUUUCCUUUACAAAUCAAUGAAAAUUGAUCCACCCCCUACCUCUUUAAAUAGUUGUAGGCCACUUUUCUCCUGUAACUUUGGAAAACAAAAGAGAAGGAGGGGAAGUAUCUUACCACACUGUGUGUCACCUAAGUGGUUGUGGUUGCCUUGAGGCAGGUGGGCAGGCAGGGAUGGUCUGUCUACCCCUUACAGAUCCAUGGUCUUGGCAGGUCUGAGAGCCGCCCCACUGGCCAGAUGUCUCCAGCAGCAAAGCCAGCCUGGGGCUUGCAUGUCAAGCCUGAGCAAGCUUAACAGGAUGAAGCUGAGGCUUUCUCCCCACUGUGACUGGAGUGCAUGUUUACACCAGCACUUUUUCUGCACAUGUAUCUUCAAUCCAACAAGGCCGUUUUUUUAUGCUGAGUAACAGAGGCCACCAAGCAGCUAUUGCAUCACACCCUCUUGGCAACUGGCUGCAGUCUCUUCUGCACCAUUUUCCACACCAGACCUGCUUGGCACCACAGGGAGCUCUUUACCCCUGCACAAUGACAUUCCAACCACCACCAGCCAGAAGUUACAGCCAACCUGAUUGUCACAAGCAGGACCUUGGGUCUAUGGGCACUGUCUGUGAUAGUAAGCCAUUUACUGGGAGGAGAGGAAAGUCCUCUCCACCAAUCUGCUUGGGCCUGUGCAAAUGGCACUUCAGAGGAGUCCCUGUGCACUUGGAGUCCAUGAGCCAAUGGGAUAUGCAAAGACGCUUAAACAUUUCAGGGCUGGUUUCUCUGUUCAUAUCCAAUUCUGGUGCUUAGGAACAGGGACCCAUGCUGAUGCCCAAGGGCAAAAAGCCCCCACUUCCUUUAAGGAAGGGGGCAGGCCUGACCCUGAUGCCCCAAAAGGGGCAACCCUAGGCUUUUUGUUUUUCUUGCUUUUAUUCCUUUUUUUGUUGGCCUUGUGCUGGGUUUGUUUACAAAAGAUGUAUUUUGUUUAACCAAAUAUUAAAAAUGGAAAACUGUACAUAAAUCUCCUUCCUGUCUGAA